AUGUGUGAGCGCAGUCUCUACAGAGCGGGCUAUGUGGGCUCGCUUCUAAAUCUUCAGUCGCCCGAUUCCUUUUACUUCUCCAACCUGCGACCGAAUGGAGGCCAGUUGGCCGCCCUUCCCCCCAUCUCUUACCCGCGCAGCGCGUUGCCCUGGGCCACCACGCCCGCCUCCUGCGCCCCAGCUCAGCCUGCCGGCGCCACAGCCUUUGGCAGCUUCUCUCAGCCCUACCUGGCCGGCUCCGGGGCUCUUGGCCUGCAACCCCUGGGCUCCAAGGACGGACCCGAAGAGCAGGCCAAGUUUUAUACGCCUGACGCUGCUGCCGGGCCUGAGGAGCGUGGCCGUGCUCGGCCGCCCUUCGCCCCCGAGGCUAGCCUGGCCCCAGCGGCCGCUGCUCUCAAAGCCGCCAAGUACGACUACACGGGAGUGGGCCGUGCCGCGCCCGUCUCUGCGGCCUUGCUGGAGGGGACCCCCUGCGCCGCCAGCUUCAAGGACGACGCCAAAGGCCCGCUCAACUUGAACAUGACAGUGCAGGCGGCGGGCGUCUCCUCUUGCCUGCGACCUUCGCUGCCCGACGGUAAACCGUUGCCAUGCUCCCCGGGCCAGUUUUGGGCCAGGAACGGGAGGUGGGGUGUAGGGAAGUGUGUCUGGAGGGAGGGAGUCACUGGGGCGGGCAAGGCAACAGGGAACGGGCUGGACGACUUGGGUUGGGGCUGUGUUGCAGGCCUGCCGUGGGGGGCGGCCCCGGGGAAGGCCCGCAAGAAGCGGAAACCCUACACCAAGCAGCAGAUUGCGGAGCUGGAGAACGAAUUCCUCCUCAACGAAUUCAUCAACCGGCAGAAGCGCAAGGAAUUGUCCAACAGGCUGAACCUCAGCGACCAGCAGGUCAAAAUCUGGUUCCAGAACAGGCGUAUGAAAAAGAAGCGGGUGGUGCUGCGUGAGCAGGCACUGGCACUAUAUUAG